GUUUGCUCUGCGGGGCAGGCUCGGCGGUGGCUGCGUGCACCCCGACCCGGCGCAGCCGCCCGCCCGAUGGUGCGGUCACGGAUUCCCUGGCUCAGGAGAAACUGAUCCGAAGUGCGAGUCGAACCAUGGCUCUGGGGAGGACUCUCAUCCCGAGGCGUUUCCUCUGGUGUGUCCUAGCCCAUCACUUUAUCGUGGUCACUGCGUGCCAUGAAGCAGACUAUGGCCAGCUGAUGGAGGAUUACUGCCUAAGCCAGUUUAAAUUUGAGAUGGAGGUGAUAGGGCAGAAGCUGUGGUGUGACUGGGACGAGACAGCAGAUUACUAUGACGAGCUCACCAAUUGCACCCACCUGAUAGCCAAUAAACUCAAUUGCUAUUGGCCGAACCAGCUGGUGGAUGAGUUCUUCAUCGCCAUUCACAAGCACUAUUUCAAAAACUGCUCCCUCUUUGGGAGGUCUCUACGCGACCCGCCUUACAACAUUCUCUACCCCUUCCUCGUGCUCCCUGUCCUCAGCACCCUGCUCAUGACGGCGCUGGUGGUAUGGCGCAGCAAGCGGAGCGAGGGCAUCAUAUAAGCUUCCUAAAUCCAUAGAGACCUGCCUUCCCAUGGACGGAUCCUUCUGUCACACUCGGGGAGCCCUUGCAGAAUCAGCAGCGCUUUGGAAGCCGCCAAACAAGAUGGCGUCGGAAACAUGGAGGAAGGUGUGCACAGCUCUGACGUCUCACGCUGCCCUGAGCAGAGAGGUUGCUUCCUCUGUAUACAGUUCCUCCGGGUAACCAGGCCCAGCUGGCAUGCUUUGGACUAAAGUCGCUUUUCAGUAAUUACUACCCUCUACAACUGCAGCACUUCUCGCAAACCAAUUAUGCGGUCAUUCUAAAGUCAUUUAUGAGACAAUUAAUUGAAAAAAUAUAAUAUAUGUCAAGAUUAGCAUUUAUACACUUAGCCAGUAAUCAGCCAUGGGAUGGAUCAGUGAAGGACCCUUCUGUACACAUAAUCUAGUUAUUAUAAUUUAUUUCUUGCAACAUUUUGGCUUGACUGCUUCUGAGGUCUAUCAUUGUUCAUUAAAGGAACCCUUUGCCAAACCGCUGUUGUCAGUUUUUGCUUGUAAUGUCCUGAAAUAUUGUAGCACUGCCUAGUUACACAGAGGCCUGACUUUUUGUGGUCAAAGGAGAUAUUUGCCAGUUAUUUCUCUCACAGUGCCCUAGAAUCUUAGACCUGUAGAAAAGCAGAUCUGGAUGGGACUCUGAGAGGUCAUCAAAUCCAGUCCCCAGCACGGAGGCAGG